GCGGUUGUUUCUGUUCAGGCGCGCCUCUUCUGGCUGUUCUUGGGUCCUUGCGUUGAGUCUCCAUCAUGGCGGCGUCCAGCAGAGAGCAUGUCCUGUCACUCUACAGACUGCUUCUGAAGGAGAGCAAGAAGUUCCCCUCAUACAAUUAUAGGACGUACGCUCUGCGGCGGGUACGAGACGCCUUCAGGGAGAACCGGACCGUGGAAGAUCCAAAAGAUGUGGAGGAGCUGCUGAGAAGGGCCCGGGACAGUUUGGCCCUCAUCCAAAGACAGGUGUGUAUAGGGAAGAUGUUUGAGACCCAGAAGACGGUCGUGGAACAGGAGGAACAGAAGAGCGACUGAAGUGGCGCCGGAGUGGAUUGAGGCUCAGACAUCUGCCUCAUGUUUGGGUCCAUCUCACGUCCACUCCAGUUUACACAGUCGUUUAAUACUCUGCGUGCCAUGAAAUGAUCUAGAAUUGUACAUAAUGUAGUAUUUUUCAUGCUUUUGUGGUUAAUGUUGCAAUAAAACCAUGUCAUUUCCAUUUCUCUGAGCGGGGUUUUCUGAGUAAAUGUCAGUUUUCAUUGAUCUGUUUCCUAAAGGUUGUGUUUUCACCGGGGGUAAAGGUGUCUGACAAGGCCAAAGGGUUAAAAAUAGCUCUUUCUGUUAGUUUUCAGUGAGCGAUGGCCUAGUAAAAGCUGACCGGUAUAAAGAUCACAUUACUCAACACCUACCAACAGAGAGUGAAUAGCAAACGCAAGCAGUUUUGAUAAAAGUCUUGUGUUCAUGGCCCAAAUAUGACCCAGUUUUACGUGCAUCAUCUAAACAGACAUGACAUGAAAUCAAGAGACAGAAACACUUGCAUUAAUCCAUACAGUGUUAAAGAGACUCUUUUAUUUGGAUCUCUAUUUCAUUGUGAUAUUAAAAGCAAACAUAUUUAAAAAAAAAGAAUAUAAUUUGUUGUCAUUAUAUUCUUAAAUGUUUUGUUUAAUCAAGUUUACUAUUGGUUUUGCUUCCUUUAGUAGCUUAAAUAUUCGUAGUCUCGUAAGAUGUAAUGCAUUUUCCCAAUUUAUGGUAUAUAUAAUACCUUCAUCUUUUAAAUGGUAAAUGACAAGACCAUUUUUCCUGUAUGUAAUAUUGUUUAACAACCAGGUCUUACAUAAGUACCAUCUGAUCUAUAUUUACUUGAGCGGUUUUAUUUACAAAUCUGGAACGUCAGCCUUGAUAUCCAUUUCACAUCCACAGUGUUUGUUUGCGGUUUUGGUUUGGUUUAUAUCACAUUGACAGUGCAGAUUUCCCUAAUGCAAGUAAAAAUGAAGAACAUGCACACUAUAUAUCCAAAGAUAUUUUAAUUGCAUCUCAAUGGUUGACAUUUCAUCCUGGUACUGUUGUGUCAAGUCGGAAAAAAUGGAAAUGGUUACAUACAGUAAGCAUCAUUUGUAUUCGUAUAAUCCCAGCCGCUAAAUGAAAUCAAUUCUGCAUUUGUGAAGAAUAUUUACAUAUUUUCAAACAAACAUUUGCAUAUUGCAAAACAGGAGAACUUCUUCCCUCUGCACUGCUCGUAGUCAAACAGAUGCAUCGAGCAUACAACGCUUGGAGAAACUGCAGCAAAGCUGGACUAAAAUAAAAGAUAGUUUAUCUCUGAUUACAGACCUGCUUUACUGGUCUGUUAACACACAUUGAGAGAACUCUAAAUAUUUCGUUUUAAUGUCUUCCAGCACUUUAUACAGUACUUUGGAAGCUUGUUUCCACCCUGAGACAAAAAUAAUAAUAAUAUUAAUAAUAAAGGUAAUUGCAAUUGCUUUUUUAAUCUUUAAAAAGGUAGAAUUGCAAGAUAUAAACUUGAAAGUAUGACAAAAGUCUUUAAAAAAUAUUUAUGAACUGUUUUAAUUUUAUUCAGCAACAGAAAAAAAAUAGCAUAGUCAGAAUUUGCAUAAAAAACUGAAUUCUGUGUUUAUAUAUAUAUAUCACAAUUCUGAAUUAUGAGUUAACAUGUCAUUGAUGAAUACUCUCAGAUCAAACUACAUUUAUUUGACCCAGAUAAAACUGCUGACCGUCCAUAACUGACCGCUGUAUUGUGUUCUCAGUGUUGAGCCUCUUCAUUCACAUCUUGACAGUAACUGUGCAUGAGCUUUGAUAGAAACAACACAUUUUGCAUUAUUAUUAAAAGGCUUGACUCAUUUGUGAAGCAAAACCAGCAUAAAGUAACGUGUGUGAUUCCUUGCAUCAUUUCAGUGUACAACAAAGUCAAUUCUUUCAUCAUUUGCUCAUCCUCAUGUCAUUUCAAUGUGAGUUUUUCUAUGAGAUGUUUGGGAGAAUGUCCACGCUGCUCUUUUCAGUUCGACAAAAAGACACAGCAGCCUAAAGAGGGGCUGGCAAGCUCCAAAAAGGACAAAAAACGCCAUGAGGUGUAGUAUAAAGUCUUCCCAAGUGUAAAGCUCCUAUGUCUGAUUUGCAAAGUCGAAAGUGUCAAAUGUCAUUGGUUCUCGAGGCAUAGUCUGGUUCCGCCACAGCAUUAACAAAAUAAAUUAUUUAAUAAAUAAAAGGUUAAAUAGAUAAC